AUGCAUCUUUUCUGGGAGAACAUGCUUUCAAAAUUGGUGCUGCUUUGGACUGGUGCAUUCAAGGGUCUUGAUGAAGGCGCAGGAUCCUACAAGCUUGAUAAGAAUGUCUGGAAGGCUAUCGGUGCCACAACAGCAAAGUCAGGCUCGACGAUCCCAUCAGCAUAUGGCCCACGGCUUUCCAACAUCAAGAGUGAACGCCACCUGUAUACCGCAGAUAUGUGGUCCUUUUGGGCUUUGUUCUUGGGGCCAUCACUUUUGUGGCAGAAGUUUUCGGACAUCAAAUAUUACAACCAUUUUGUUGCACUAGUCGAGCUACUCACUAUAUGCCUACAAUUUGAGCUCACGCAAGAUGACAUAAUGAAGGUGCGGCUCGGCUUUGCUGACUGGGUCGUGAAGUAUGAAGAGUACUACUAUCAGCUUGAUCUGGAACGCCUCUGCACUUGUGUACUCACCAUUCACGGGCUACUCCAUAUCUUUGACGAUAUUGUUGCUCUCGGCCCAAGCUGGAUCUAUUGGGUGUUUGCAAUGGAGCAGUUCUGUGGUCGGCUUCAGCAGAACAUUCAAAACUGA